CGAGAGACAAUCGUUCUCAGCGCUGUUGGCUGGCAACAAUCACGGAUACUUCUUUGUGCAACCCUCCUGGUCGGUGAAACGACCUGUCAGAAUCUCGCGAGAUUCCCCUGACACGACCCCUGACUGGGGGGGCUGCAAGGGCGGAGCUCGCCUUUUGUUGAGAAACGAGUAUUUGAAUGAUCAGCGUCAAAUGUUGCCUCUGUUGGCAGUUUGAUUUGGGUGAAGCUUCAGAUUCUGGAGGAUCAGAACUUGUGGUGGCUUGGGAAAUGUCCCGGCAUUCUGGCAGAGUUGGCUUGAGGCUAAGAUCUCCGCUUUCUGAAUCCUUCAUCCUGAUGAUUCAUACUUUUGGGUCCGACGCUCAGGCAGUCAGCACCAUUCGGGCCCGACAUUGGCUGGCUUCUCGUCGAAGCCCGCUCGCCUUCUUUGUCUCCUUCCUCAUCCUUGCCCUUCGCAAGAUCGACGAACCAGCACGUGUCGGCAAGAAUGCACAAUCUGAAUCAAAGACCUGUGCCGCCUGUCCAGCUGAUAUCCGCUCGGCCGGGAUCCUUGUCAGAGUCCGAAGCUAGGUUGCCUCGUCGUAAGGAUGAUUACGAGGUGACGGCAACGACCGCUGCUUGCUCGGCCCACCGU